GAUACUUCCUCCGAUGGCGACAACCGGUACUAUUGUUUCCGAGCCACCCUGUACCAACGCUGCUUCUGGCGUGUUGUUAAUGUUUUGAAAAAAGGAGCAGCGAUUUACCACCGUCUAUCGGAACACGGAAUCAGGCUUCCGCGAAUCGUACGAUCAUAUCCAGCACCGCUUCAAACACAGUCAUACUGCCAGUGCAUCGUGAACAAUGGUCACAAUAGGCGAGGCGUUCACGCCGACCGAAGGGAUAAUCUAUUCCGCGUCGGACGUGAAGCUGAAGAUGGGCCUUAAUUUGAUUCCCUCGCCGGGAAUGUUGCAUUUGACUGAAAGUUCGUGCAUAUGGAGCUGUGAGGAACGGAAUGCGAGCAUCAGCAUUCCAUGGCCCCGGGUGGGAGCACACGCCAUUUCGUCGGUACCGGGCGAAGGCAUCUUCCUGAUGGUGGAUGUAAACAUCGUCUGGCCCGGUUUCUACACCGGCUACCCGGAGAACAAUGGCGAUGCGCAUCCGGACGAGCUGGGCGAGGAGAACGACGAAGGGCACGAUUCGGAGAUAUCGGAUGGAGCAAUUACGGAAAUGUGGCUCCAGCCGGCAAGCAGGGAGAUUGUGGAUCAAAUCUUCAGUGCCAUGCGAGAGUGUCAGAUUUUGAAUCCGGGGUCGGAUGUGAGCGAGGACGAAGACUACAUGGAAGCGGAAGAGGAUGAGCUGGAGGAGGUAGAGGAUAUGCGAAACCUGCAGCUGGAUGAUGAAGAUAAAUUUGCUGACGCUGAGGAAUAACAACCCCGAACGGAUCGGAAGGGUAACACCACACGAAUCUUAAUUGAAUUGAAUGGCUAGGUGCAGGAUGUGUAGGCAUCCGGAGCUAGGCCUGCAGCGAAAGAUGGAUGAAAAAAACGAAAGGAAAUGAACAAAAAACCCGCUCGUUUAUGCCCCUGUUCGUUCGAGUUGCCAUGUUUUGGAUCAUCAUCGCGAGUCGUGUCUCAACAUUUACUAUUAUUACACAUUCUUAGCCAGAGAUGCUCUGAGCGCGCUAUACUAGAAUUAUACGGAUUUGCUAAAAUCAUGUUGGUGAUAAGUUGAAUUAAAUAAAAAGGUAACAAAAAUCAUAUCCUUCGAUUGGUGGAUAGUUUCCGA